GUUCUGAUCGAAAGAGGAGCCUGCAAAUCUCGAACCAGGAAUCUGUGAACAUUCAUGCAGGAGGGGGAGGAACUUGGAUACUAGUCAGUUCAUGUAAACUUGAUUGUAGAAGAGUAUGGACCUGAGUCUUCCUGUUUGGACCUGAUACCUCCCUAUAUUCGUUAACAUUAAUGUUGCAGGGAUAAAGUUAUGGCAAUGAACCAUGUCAGAUCGAUUAGAAGCAUUACCAUUAGCAAGGAGGCAAUUGCAGUGGUAUGUCGACGAACAUAUUCUAGUGGUAAAGCAAAGAAAGGCUCUAAAGGGAGCGCAACAAGUGAUGCACCAAAAGCAUCACUUCUUAGCAAAGAAGUCAAGUCUACAACAGUGGUUGGUGCCAAUAUCCUCAAGGAUGGAGCAGAUCCCCAGAUCCUGCCUGAUUCUGAAUACCCUGAUUGGCUGUGGCAUUUGAUCGAUAAACGCACAGCAUUGAGUGAAUUAAGGAGGAAGAACAUUGAAAAUCUCCCUUAUGAAGAUCUCAAACGCUUUGUUAAGCUGGACAACCGAGCAAGGAUCAAGGAAAACAACUCCAUUAAGGCCAAGAACUGAUAAACAAAAUGUGUUAAGAGGCAUUAUUUCUUUGUCAAUUGUAAUUCAUUUUCAUCUUCUGGGAUUCCUUUGAGUGAUUUUACUUGCUUGUCGGGAUAUCAAAUGGGCUUGGAACAGAGAAGAAAUGAUUUAGCAUUCUCUGUAGCUUCCAACACUUUUUUGUUUACCAUUUAGAUUUACCAUGUGUAAUGAUACAAAAAGAUUUGAUAUGUUAUCGCUAUCAUUGUGGCAGAACCCUACCAUGGUAGUAUCUUUUGCUCAACGCCAUUAGGAGAACAGGUUUUACAUGUACUUAUUUUAUUGGCCUUGAUUUUCUAUUAUUUUCUUGCUUUAUGGAAGGGAUUUGUUCUUGAUU